UCAAAACAAGACACGCGAGGGAAGAUUAACUUGAGAGGAAACCACUGGAGCUCCGAGCAUCACUUUGAGCACAAAAUGUCAGGUAAAAGGCAACUAAGCAUCCUUUCAUUCACCCUGAGAGGAAAGCCCCCCAAAAAGAGCAGGUUACAGGAUGAUGGCCCAGAGAAGGUGGCGAAAAUGGUCGGCACAUUAGGGGAGGAGACAGAGGAGGAGACAGUGCAGGUGGAAGAUGAUGAGACAGUGCAGGUGGAAGAUGAUGAGACAGUGCAGGUGGAAGAUGAUGAGACAGUGCAGGUGGAAGAGACAGUGCAGGUGGAAGAUGAUGAGACAGUGCAGGUGGAAGAUGAUGAGACAGUGCAGGUGGAAGAUGAUGAGACAGUGCAGGUGGAAGAUGAAGAGACAGUGCAGGUGGAAGAAACGGGGCAGGUGGAAGAGGAAGAGACGGUGGAGGAGAUGGCUAAGGUGUCAGAAGAGGCCAUCAAAACAAAAGGGAGAAAAGUACCAGGAGCAGCCACCUACAAGAGCUCUCCUAAAUGGCACACUUGUCACUUUUUAAAAUUAAUCCUUCAACCUAAAUUAAUCCUUUUUAUUUUACCUCUUCUAUUUAUCUACUUUCUAUUUUUUUUUAAAAUUCUGUAAAGUUGAGAUUACUUUGAGCACAACAAAUUUCAUGACUGAUAAAUGUUAUUUAUGUGUAUAUGACAAUAAACUUGAAACUUGUAUAACCCAGAGAUAUCCUAUAAGAAGCCUGUAUUUGACUAGCUUUCUCUAUGUCUUCUGCCUCACUGAUAGGAGAAAAACUCAAUGUGGGUUUCACCACCAGAGCUACGCUAAACAGGCUUCUUGAGGCUGGAGAGGUCACAUCAAAGAAGGCUCCACAAUUCCAGCAGGCAGCACUGGCCUUUUUGGUCGGAGCUGUGGAGUAUGCCAUGGAUAAACUCCCGUUGAAAGAUGCUCUCCUGAAGCAUGCCAGAUUUAUUGAUGUGCAGCUAAGAGCUGAGUGUGGGGUUAAGGAUGCCUUAUACUUUGU